AUGGAAGCGAAGGAAGGAAGAGUAGAGGAAAAGUCAUUUGUGGCGCCGUCAGUCGAACUUUCUCUUGGAAUUGGUGGCAGUGCAUUGAUGGAGAAUUCUCUGGCAAUGGCAGAUAAGAGAAUCAGAUCUGUGUUCACUCCAGCGCAGUUUCAGGAGCUUCUGCAACAAUUUAUGAUCUUUAGCUACCUUUUAAUUGGCUUCGAGAUCCCUUCGUAUCUUAUGGCCACUCUGUGGAAUACUACUUCUUCUUCAUUUGGAUUUGCUUGCACUGAUAUCCAUAAGCGCUUGCCUAAUUUUGGAAGAUUCAACUCCUGGACAUUCUCGAGAAACAGAAGCAUGCAAGAUCUAGAACCAUGGAGGUGCCAAAGAACGGAUCGGAAAAAUGCACGAUCCAGCAAUGUCAUUAUUCCUAACGAGAAGUACAACGAACUAAAUAUGCAGAGAGCAAAAUACGACUCAAGAGCCACUACCAGUAACUUUCCGAUUAUUGAGAGCAGCAACAUUAAUGUCCCAAGAGAGAAGAACUUCUUCCCAAGCAGCGCCUACAACAACAAUACUGGUUUCAACUAUGCUGGUGCAGGAAAAGUUGUUCUUAAUAGCGAUAUAUUCUCUUAUAAAAGUACCGGAAUAGAAUUUGAACCAACAACAAGAUGUGCGAGAAUAGAUGAAAUGAAGUGUUGUUGGCCUAACAAGGAUAUUCUUCCUAGUUCAAAAAAUCCUGUGUGGGGCACAUACAAAAGUACUGCAUUAAAUACGCUUGGAAUCGGAGCCUCACAACCUGCUCUUCCUUCCACUUUUGCCAUUGAUAUUGACUGCCUUACAAGUAUAUCGACAACUGUCAAUGAGAAAGAUUAUUCAUCGGUUGACACUACUCUUUCUAUCGGCAUACCAGGAAACUCUUCAGCUCUAUUAAAGAAUAAAGUUAAAGGUAUUACUAUCAGCAACAAUAGCAACGCUAUUGCAGUUGCCAACAUAGUCUUUGACAAUGAGAACGAUUACUGUUCUUCAUAA